AUGUGGACAGCCAGCCGUAUCAGUGAAAUACAAACUCUGACUGAUAUUCGUGAUUGGUACCAUGUGGACUCUGGAAACAAUGUUGCCGAUGAUGCGUCACGCGGUCUUAACCCAUCUGAAAUGGGAAAGGAUUACAGAUGGCAAAAAGGUCCAGACUUCAUGAAGAAGGACAUCAACGAAUGGCCAGUCAAACAUUCAAAUGAAGUUCAUGCGAAAAAAGAAGAUCUGGACAUAAGAAUAAAAGAUCCACGGAUGACCAUUGGAAGAUGCAAGUCACUAUGUGUCCAGAUUGAUGGUGGAACAAAUGAAGAUUAUUCAGCUCAGCAGUCGCUUCCGUCAGAUGUGGAACAUAAACUAAAGUCACUGAACCCAAUACUGGACGCCGACGGUGUGUGGAGAGCACUAGGUCGUACUGGUGCUGCUCUAUCAAACCCGCCUGCGAUUAUACCAUACUCUGAACCCUUUGCAGAGAUCUUGGUGCGUAAAUGUCACCAACCGCAGCACUCUGGUGCGGAUACUACUCUUGCCCUAGUACGUGAGCAGUUCUGGAUCCUCAACGGUAAACGGUUCGUCAGCAAAGUUGUGUCGCAGUGCCCAUAUUGUCGCUUUUUACGGAAGAAGAUCGCCCAAGUAGAGAUCGCUCCUCGUAAGGUGGAACAACUCGUGCGAUCACCAGUAUUCGAGCAUGUGGUCAUUGACAUAGCUGGUCCGUUCAAUACCAUCGCAGAUCGCCGCGAGACGAGAAAUUACCAGGUUUUGAUGCUUUCACUAGAAUCCGCGGAAAAACCCACGUCUGUGACUGCAGAUCUUGGUUCGCAAAUCCGUGGUGCUGCAAAUGUCAUGGAGAGCCUUUGGAACCAUACCAAGAUAGCAAAGAUUCAGACAAAUCCCGAAACAACAACCUGGCACUUCGUACCAUCUGGAGCUCAUUCGUCAGUUGGACAAGCUGAGAGGAUGAUCAGAACUGUGAAGAAUACUCUAGAAGCUGUCACUGCUUCGAGAAAACCUGAAUUUACCAAGUUGCGUUUGCAGAGACUAAUGUAG